UCAAGGUUGAAGCAGUGGCAGAAGUAGAACUCCGGUCUUUGCCGGCGCCAAAGGCGUCCUUCGAGGCAUGGGAGCCAGACCCAGCCGCACCGCAGUUGUCGAUAGCACCGAAGGUAAUUCCUUGGUCGAGGAGCUGAAUGUUGCUCCCAGCAAUGUGGAGGCCGAUGCUGUUGAGAAAGCCACUAAACAGGACAUAAACAGCUAUCCGCACAGCACCAAGGACAUGCUGCACAUCAAAGCUCGAGUGGCCAGGGCAUUUGCUGAACUGGGGCCUGAUAGGCUCAGCGAUAAGGGUCUCAGUGAUUGUUCCUCACAUUCCAAUGAGAAGAAUCUGAAGAAGACCAAGCUGCAAAUUCCCACAUGUCCCAAGCUGCAACAGGCAGUCUUGCUUUGUUCUUCGAUUUGCCACAUUUGUCACUGGUUUGUGGCAGUGCUUGGUGGUGGAUUGCUCUUCUUCUUCUACUUUGUUUUCAAUUUUCAUUGGCCUGUGGCGGCAGCAGCUGCCCGUGUGCAUUUCAGGCUCGAAGGCUGCACCACAAACUUGACGAAUGUGAAUGUUUCGUGCCAAUAUAAGCUCAGCGUGGGCCUGUCUCGGAUGGAUCGAUUCGCAUCUGUGGCACCGGAGGAUAUUGUCGCGCUGCCACAGUAUUGGCCCACGAUUGAAGAGGAGGACACUUGGACGAAGCACUUGAAGUGCUGUUUGUCUAACUUUGAGUUUCGACUUUGGAGUAGGGCCUUUGGACGGGGACGGGGGACAUGGGUCAAAACGAAGACGAAGGAAAGACAGUAUAGAAAGGAAAGGAAAAGGAAGGACAGGAAGGAAAGGAGAAGGAAAGGAAAGGGAAAGGAAGGUCUUUUGGGGAAACGCAGAAUGAAUCAAAAGGAACAAGUACAGAACUUGUCCUAGUAGCGUCCUUGCUCCUAGUAGCGAUGCCAGGAGCCCCUAGUAGCGAUGCCAGGAGCCCCUAAUAGCUUCUUGUUAUACUAGUAGUAAGGCCAGGAGCCCAGCAUGAAGAGCCAGACACGUCAGACACGUUGGACUCGCUGACGGCUUCGCCGUCCCAUCCCGUCGGCCCUCCAGGGGUUCCCGCGCGAGUAGGGUUCGGUGUAGCGUUCGUAGCGAUGCCAGGAGCGCCCCGCCCCGCUCGUAGCACGUCGCGCGGUGCGGCCGCAGUCCGAUGUUCCACCUCCGAGUCCGCACGAGAGAGAAAUGUCCGAACCAAAUCAUGAGCGCAAGCUCUCCUGCGUCCUGUCGGUAGU